AUGCCGAAGCCUGCCCCUUGGACCGAGCACGACUUUUCAAAGGUGUUGAAGGCUGAGCAGCAGCGCAUUCUGGAUCUAUCCCGUGCGCAACAUGACGCCUUCGAGCAGUCCCUGCAUCUUUCGUUUGCAAAGAUCUUGAAAUUCGACACUGCGAAAGGUGGUGUGCGGGUGACUGAGAUGGCAAGGCAGCAGGAAGAGUGCCCGGUCCAGGCUGAUUUACCGCGCGCUGGACCCACCAUGCCACACACCUGGGACACUGCUGUUGAAGCGCCAAGCGCGGCAAAGCUCGAUAAUGUCUCUGACGAAGCUUCUGCGCCGCAGCUUUUUUCGCCUCCACACAGCCCCGGGUCAGGGGCAACUCUGCAGCGAUCGGAUUCAUCUUUGAAAAAGUCCAAGACAAAGACAAAUGCAGAGGAGCUUCUGGGACUGCAGACGCUGGUCAGCCACACGAAGGAGUACAUCGAUUUCGUAGCUGGCGUUCUGGUGCUCUUGAAUUCCUGCGUUAUGUUGGCUGAGCUGGAAGCCGAAGGACUCGCCUACGGAGCACAGCUUGGCUUUGGCAGAGGCCCCUCCCUGGAGGAGGUGCAGCCCAUAUUCCAGUCUCUAGACACGGCCUUUGUUUUCAUCUUCCUGGUAGAGCUGCUGUUCCGUGUGGCUAUUGAGCGAUGGGAUUUCUUGCGAGAUCCGGCGAACUGGUUCGACGCUGCUUUGGUCCUCCUGGGCAUGGCAGACUUAUUUAUUUUUGUGCAGAUGGCAGGAGGCUCUGAGGCGCAGAACAUCAUCUUGCUUCGUUUGGUCCGAGUCCUUAAGUCGGUCCGGGCCAUCCGGAUGCUGCGGACCUUCCGCUUCCUCAAAGGCUUGCGAUUCUUGGUGAAGGCAUGCUAUUGCUUCCUGCCGUCUCUAGCCUGGUCGAUGGUUCUGCUCUUCGUCUUCAUGUGCAUGGGCACGCUCGUGCUCGGCAACUUGCUUUCGGAUUUCAUCGCCGAUGAGACAGCCAACAUGAACGACCGUUUGUGGGUUUGGGAUCGGUAUGGGACUGCUACUCGGGCCAUGUACACGUUCUACGAGAUCACAUUUGCAGGGAAUUGGCCCACAAAUGCACGUCCGCUGAUGGACAAAGUGCACCGGCUCUUUGUGUUGUUUUUUGCCGUGUACAUCACAAUCAUUGUGUUUGCUGCCCUGCGGGUCGUAACGGCCGUAUUUCUCCGUGACACACUUGAUGCCGCUCGGAACGAUGACGAAGCCUUGAUCACGGAGCGGUUGCGAAACAAGACGAAAUAUUUGGAGAAAUUAGAAGACGUUUUCGAAGCUAUUGAUUCAGCUCACAAUGGCACAAUCACUGAGAAGCAGCUCGCAGAGAUUUUGGCAAUACCGAAAGCAGCCGCAUACUUCCAGACUUUGGAUGUGGAUGUUCUGGAAGGUGCUGCGCUGUUUCGAAUCCUGGACAACGGCGAUGGAAGAAUUACCCAUGAAGAGUUUGUGGACGGCAUCUUACGCUGCAAAGGCCCCGCUCGCGCCAUGGAGCAGGUGGCCAUGCGGAGCGAGCUGAGGCAAAUGGAUGCGAAAGUCACCAAGCUGAUCCGAGCACUGGAACGAUCCUCCAUCAUCCCGAUCGAAAUCGAGCCGGUCAUUGAAGAUUGA